CUCGCGGCGCGUGCUUCGAAGGGCAAAGGCAAAGGCAAGGAGCAAGAGGGAAGACACCACAUCGCCAUCACCGUCCAUCUAUGCUCCCUCGGCCUCUCCGUCCUUGUCGGUCGUUGAUCAGCACCACCCGGACCUGAUGACAAGCGGCAGCGACCACUUUGCUAAAUUGCCCUCGUCUUGGCUUAGUGGGCGUCGUCGAUCGUCCUCGGUUCCUCUGGGAGAAAGCACUUCCAAUUCAGCACAGCAUGAGGCCAACUUCUUUGAGCACCACCACGAAGAAGACCUAAAGCCGCUGUCCAGCAGCGAGGUCUUUGGAGAAUGGCACCAACGAAGUGCACAGAACUCUUUGUCGGGCGAGGCGUGUUCUUUGCCCUCGCACCCUCUUCCGGCUUCGGCUAUGCCUCUCUCACCGAAAGGCAAGGCUGCCGUCCUUGGCACGUCUUUCGACUGGCACAGUCAGAAUGCCUCGUCGUCUUUUAGCACCCGCC